AUGUUAAUUCCUCAUAGCCUCUACCAAAUCCAUAUAGAUCCCACAACUCCUGGAUUCUCUCGCCGAGAAUACCAUGGUAGCCUACUGGUGUUGUCUGUAUACUACUCGAGGUUCAUGGGGGAUUUGUUCUUCUUCGAGGAGAUUAUGAGGCAUAACGUUCGUGUUGGUGAACGAUCGUGCUGUAAGAUCGAGGGAACGAGAAGAAAAGUUCUUCAAGGUGUUGUUGAGUUUGUAUUCAAAGUGUUUGAGUCUGUAAGAGUCGUUCGAGAAGAAGCUUUAGCAUAUAAUGAUGUCUUUUUAAUCGAGGAAGAUGACCAAAGUGAAAUUCCGAGGCAAAGUGGCAGACAGAGUAAGCAGACAGGUGGCAGGAAUACUGACCCUACCAAUAGAGGCCUGGAGGUUAAAAAGAUCCCACCGGGUGGGAAAAGGAAGGUGAAUGAUCCAGUGGGUCAGGAAACGACGUCUGAGGGAAAGUCUAGUUCUCCACAGGCAAGGGCAAAUUCUAAGCUAGAAGAUGUAGUUUUUGACAUGAUAGUGCAGAGGUUAGCAGCCAGUGUGGGCUCAGACAGGAAAGUAGGGCUAGCCACCUUCCUAUUACAGAAAGGAGCAAAGAAAUGGUGGAAAGUGAUAUCUGUCAGACGAGCCAUUACAGAUGCGAUGUUAUGGCCUGAGUUCAGAAAGGCCUUUGAAGACAAGUACUACCCUAGCUCGUUUCAAGAUGCGAAAAGGGAUGAGUUUCUCAAACUAACACAGGGAAUGGUGUCAGUGGCAGAUUAUGAGCAGAAAUUUACAGAGUUAUCGCAAUAUGCCCUACCGAUUAUUGCUAAGGAAAGAGAUAGAUGCAGGAAGUUUGAACAAGGUUUAAGGAAAGAAAUUAGAACUCCGGUGACGUCUACGGCUAAUUGGCUACACUUUAACCAGUUAGUAGAAACAGCAACAUCAGCCGAGCGGAGUUUGGCAGAUGAUGAGCAGUUGCCAAGGGGCAGUGAGGCAGUAGUAGGGCCUAGAGAAAGGGGAUCCCGACCUCCAGUUGGAAGUCAGACUAGUGGAAGUCAAUUUAGGGGAACAAGUUGGCAGGAAUCCAAUAAAAGGAAAUCGAGACCCUCGGCCAAUGCAGUUAGCCGACCAGAGAUGCCACGAGCUGGUGAGNCCAAUAAAAGGAAAUCGAGACCCUCGGCCAAUGCAGUUAGCCGACCAGAGAUGCCACGAGCUGGUGAGUUGAUAACCAGCACAGACAGGAAACUGAUGUGCCCUAAUUGUGCCAAGAGGCAUCCUGGAAUAUGCUAUAAUAACAGAGGUGUAUGUUUUCAAUGUGGACAGUCUGCUUAUGUUUUAUUUGACCUUGGUGCCAUACAUUCAUUUAUAUCUAGCAUGUUUGCAUCUAGUAUGGAUAGGUUGGACUUUUAUGUUGAUUUACUUCCCUUGGAGCUGUUAGAGUUUGAUGCUAUUCUUGGGAUUGAUUUUCUAAGCAAGUAUCAUACUUCAAUGGAUUGUUACGAGAAGAAGGUAGUGCUCAGAAAAUCAAAUGGCGAGGAUGCAGUACUAGCAGGAAUCAAAAGAUUAACUGCGGGGAAUCUGAUAUCAGCAGUGAAAGCUAGGAAGCUGCUGAGCAAGGGAUGUAAAGCCUAUUUGGCUCACAGAGGUGGAGUCACUAUUGACUUAAUUCCAGAAACAACUCCUAUAUCGCAGGCACCGUAUAGAAUAGUGCCAACUGAGUUAAAAGAAUUAAAGGCUCGGCUACAAGAGUUAAUUGACAAGGGAUACAUUCGACCUAGUGUAUCGCCUUGGGGAGCUCCGGUGUUAUUUGUAAGGAAGAAGGAUGGGACACUUAGAUUAUGUAUCGACUAUAGGCAGCUGAAUAAGGUAACAAUUAAGAAUAAAUAUCCAUUACCGCGUAUUGAAGAUUUGUUUGAUCAGCUAAGAGGAGCCACGGUGUUUUUGAAGAUAGAUCUGAGAUCGAGUUAUCAUCAACUGAAGGUGAAGGAAGCUGACAUUCCUAAAACCGUAUUUAGAACAAGAUAUGGACAUUAUGAAUUUCUAGUAAUGUCAUUCGGACUGACAAAUGCCCCUGUGGUAUUCAUGGAUCUUAUGAACAGGAUAUUCCAUCCCUACUUGGACCAGUUCGUGAUAGUAUUCAUUGAUGAUAUAUUAGUAUAUUCUGGCAGUAGAGAGGAUCAUACAACCCAUCUAAGGAUAGUAUUGAAAACGUUGCGAAAUAGACAGUUGUAUGCUAAGUUCAGUAAAUGUGAUUUUUGGUUAGACCGAGUUGUAUUUAUCGGGCAUGUUGUUUCAGUAGAUGGUAUCAGUGUAGAUGCCCAAAAGACAGAAGCAAUAGUUAAUUGGGAACGACCCAUGACUAUUUUAGAGAUACGCAGUUUCCUAGGUUUGGCAGGUUAUUACUAG